AUGUCAAAUUACUAUAGAAGAGCACACGCGUCUUCUGGUUCAUACAGACAACCCCAGGAACAGCCUCAAUAUUCGCGUUCUGGUCACUAUCAGUAUUCAAACGGCCAUUCUCACCAACAAUAUUCUAGUCAAUAUAAUCAACGUCGACGUUAUAACCAUAAUGAUGGUACAAGGCGACGCUAUAAUGACGAUCGCCCACAUAGUUCAAACAAUGCAAGUACGCGACAGUACUAUGCUACUAACAACAGCCAAAGCGGCCCAUAUGUAAAUAAGAAAUCUGACAUCAGUAGUCGGAGGGGCAUGUCUCAAUCACGGUAUUCAAAUAGCAAUGUUCACAAUACAUUAGCGUCUUCGAGUGGAUCUCUUCCCACAGAAUCUGCUCUGCUUUUGCAACAAAGACCACCUUCAGUUUUGAGAUACAACACAGAUAAUUUGAAGUCUAAGUUUCAUUAUUUUGAUCCCAUAAAAGGCGAGUUCUUCAAUAAGGAUAAGAUGCUUUCGUGGAAGGCUACAGAUAAAGAAUUUUCUGAAACAGGUUAUUACGUAGUCAAAGAGUUACAAGAUGGACAGUUUAAGUUCAAAAUAAAACACAGACAUCCGGAGAUAAAAGCAUCCGACCCACGUAAUGAAAACGGUAUCAUGACUAGCGGAAAAGUGGCAACCCACAGAAAAUGCAGGAACUCACUAAUUCUAUUGCCUCGCAUAUCUUAUGACAGGUACUCCUUAGGGCCUCCCCCUUCAUGUGAAAUAGUUGUCUAUCCAGCGCAAGAUUCAACAACAACCAAUAUCCAAGACAUAUCAAUAAAAAACUAUUUUAAAAAGUAUGGAGAAAUUUCUCAUUUUGAAGCAUUUAAUGAUCCUAAUAGCGCUUUACCUUUGCAUGUUUAUCUUAUAAAGUAUGCCAGUUCUGAUGGAAAAAUUAAUGAUGCAGCAAAAGCAGCCUUUAGUGCCGUUAGAAAGCACGAAUCUUCGGGUUGCUUUAUCAUGGGCUUCAAGUUCGAAGUGAUUUUAAACAAGCAUUCCAUUUUGAAUAAUAUCAUUUCUAAAUUUGUUGAAAUAAAUGUCAAAAAGCUACAGAAGUUACAAGAGAACCUGAAGAAGGCUAAAGAGAAAGAAGCAGAAAACGAAAAAGCAAAGGAAUUACAGGGCAAAGAUAUUACCUUGCCCAAGGAACCUAAGGUAGACACAUUAUCUCAUUCGUCCGGAAGUGAAAAAAGAAUUCCAUAUGAUCUCUUGGGGGUAGUUAAUAACAGACCUGUUUUACAUGUCUCCAAAAUAUUUGUUGCCAAACAUAGGUUCUGCGUUGAGGACUUUAAAUACAAGUUAAGGGGAUACAGAUGUGCGAAAUUUAUUGAUCAUCCAACUGGUAUCUAUAUUAUUUUUAAUGACAUUGCCCAUGCGCAAACAUGUUCGAAUGCAGAGUCAGGAAAUUUAACAAUAAUGUCUCGGAGCAGAAGAAUUCCUAUUCUAAUAAAGUUUCAUCUCAUUCUCCCUAGGUUCCAAAACAGAACUAGAUUCAAUAAAUCUAGCUCAUCUUCAAAUUCUACAAAUGUACCUAUAAAAUACGAGUCCAAAGAGGAGUUCAUUGAAGCUACAGCAAAACAAAUAUUAAAAGAUUUGGAAAAGACUUUACAUGUUGAUAUUAAGAAGAGAUUGAUUGGUCCUACGGUAUUUGAUGCUUUGGACCAUGCAAAUUUUCCUGAAUUGUUAGCUAAAAGAGAACUAAAGGAGAAAGAGAAGAGACAACAGAUUGCAUCUAAAAUUGCUGAAGAUGAAUUGAAACGUAAAGAAGAAGCCAAAAGAGAUUUUGAUUUGUUUGGUUUAUAUGGUGGCUAUGCAAAAUCUAAUAAAAGAAAUUUAAAAAGGCAUAAUUCACUCGCGUUGGAUCAUACUUCUUUAAAGAGGAAAAAGCUAUCCAAUGGUAUCAAACCAAUGGCACAUUUACUGAACGAAGAAACCGAUUCCAAAGAAACUACCCCAUUGAACGAUGAAGGGAUCACUCGCGUAUCAAAAGAACAUGAUGAAGAAGACGAAAAUAUGACAUCUUCAUCUUCUGAAGAAGAGGAAGAAGAAGCUCCAGAUAAGAAAUUCAAGAGUGAGUCUGAGCCAACCACCCCCGAAUCUGAUCACCUUCAUGGUAUUAAGCCGUUAGUACCCGAUCAAAAUGGGUCGUCUGACGUACUGGAUGCUUCUUCGAUGUAUAAACCUACUGCUACCGAAAUUCCCGAACCUGUAUAUCCACCUGAGGAAUAUGACUUGAAAUAUAGUCAGACUUUAUCUUCUAUGGAUUUGCAGAAUGCUAUCAAAGAUGAGGAAGAUAUGCUAAUUUUAAAGCAGUUAUUGAGCACAUAUACUCCUACCGUCACACCAGAAACAAGCGCAGCUCUGGAAUAUAAAAUUUGGCAAUCUCGCCGAAAAGUUCUUGAAGAAGAGAAGGCUUCCGAUUGGCAAAUAGAGCUUAAUGGAACUUUAUUUGAUAGUGAACUACAACCAGGUAGCUCUUUUAAAGCUGAAGGGUUCAGGAAAAUUGCGGAUAAAUUAAAAAUUAAUUACCUACCCCAUCGUCGCAGAGUUCACCAACCUUUAAAUACGGUGAAUAUUCACAAUGAAAGGAAUGAGUACACACCUGAACUUUGUCAAAGAGAAGAAUCCUCGAAUAAAGAACCUUCAGACUCAGUUCCUCAAGAAGUUUCAUCCUCUAGAGAUAAUAGGGCAUCAAAUAGAAGAUUUCAGCAGGACAUAGAGGCACAGAAAGCCGCAAUUGGUACGGAAUCUGAGCUGCUAUCACUAAAUCAAUUAAAUAAAAGAAAAAAGCCAGUUAUGUUCGCUCGUUCAGCAAUUCACAACUGGGGUUUAUAUGCUCUAGACUCUAUCGCAGCAAAGGAAAUGAUUAUCGAGUACGUUGGUGAAAGGAUCAGGCAACCUGUAGCAGAAAUGAGAGAGAAAAGAUAUCUGAAAAAUGGGAUUGGAUCCAGUUACCUUUUUAGGGUUGAUGAAAACACGGUUAUUGAUGCCACCAAGAAAGGUGGUAUAGCCCGUUUCAUUAAUCAUUGUUGUGAUCCAAAUUGUACGGCAAAGAUUAUAAAGGUUGGCGGGAGAAGGAGAAUUGUUAUCUAUGCACUGCGUGAUAUCGCGGCAAGCGAAGAGUUGACAUAUGAUUACAAAUUUGAGAGAGAAAAGGAUGACGAGGAAAGACUUCCUUGUUUAUGUGGAGCACCUAAUUGUAAAGGUUUCUUGAACUGA